AUGCACAUCCACAGCCUUCUCUUUGCUCUUUUUUGGGCCGGGUCAUCUUUGGCUUCUCCGACUCCCCAGCCAAAUGAUGUCGGCCCUACACGCAUCGAAAUAGCCUACAGCUACGUCCCUCUAAAUUCAAGCCGCGUAUACCUCGACACACUUCACGGGGACGACGACACCGACGUGACUCUCUUCCCUCGCGCAACCUGCGGCGGUAGCGGCGGAAUCAACACCGGGGACGCCGCCAAUCUGGCCAAUGGACUCCAUUCGGACCCGUCGACGAUUAACAUCCAACGCGAUACCAUCGUCAUUGUCAGCUCUGGAAGCGCUAGGUUGUGCGUUCAUGGGUAUAGCGGUGGGGAUACGACGUUUAGGAGGUCGACUGUUGGGUGGGCUGCUCGUCAGAUUAUUAAUGCGUGCUGCAAUUCGGGUGGGGGGUGUGGAGGAGGGACGGAGUAUGGUACUCCGGUUGGUGGCUCGAGUGCUAGUACCCAAGUGAGGUUGAUAUCCUCUGGAGAGGCAUGCUAA